UCAUUUUACAUCGUAAUUUUACCAGUACAAUGGCUGGAAAAUGUACGGUUGCAGUUUGUUCUUUAGCUCGAUCAGACGAUGAGUAUAAGCACUUCAUAUCGGUUUUGAAAGAAAAGUGUGGAGUAUGCGUAAAGUACGUACACAUAACAAGUAAAAUAUUGGAAAAUGGACACGAAUUCUCUCAAUACGAUGGUGUGGUAUUAAUCCAUUCAGUCCACCGGGGCAGAAUGUCCCUAACAGACGUAAGAGAUGCACGCUAUGAAAAACUUCUCCUUCACUGGAAGAAUCUCCUCGGUAGUGAUCAUGUUGCAGUCAUUGUCACUGGGGCGGAGAGAAGCAAUGACCUCGAGAAACGCUUCAAGGAGAAACAACCCACCGUAAGUCAGUGUUCCGCCCAUGUCCUAUUCUGUGAAGCUGGUGAUCCUAUGAAUGAUGAACGUGUGGCCGAAACAAUAGAGUCCUUCAUGAAACUUUUGCCACACCGACCUAAAGUUCGUAAAGUGCAGGCAAAACUCUCCAAGGCGACCACAAAACUUAGUGCAGAUAAUAGCGACAGAGAGACUGUGACAAUUAAAGCUAAGAAGUUGAAAUGUGCAGGAAUCGAUGUGAAAAACGGCAAAGACAAAAUCCAUGUUGAACUCAUCAUUUGCGCUGAGGGGUCUACAAGAAAGACCCUUUUGAAGACCCUAAGCGAAGAUGAUUUGAAAGAUGAGGCAGAUUUUCUAAUUUUCCAGCAGAAAGCAGAUGGCUGGGAGCUACUUGAAUCCAAGUCCAUUGCCAGUUUCGAUCCAUCAUCGGAGUUGAUACACUGUGCCGUGUUCAUCUUCAGGAAUGGAGUUCCACCACAUUUCACCGAUGUCGACUUCACAGAGUUCGAAGAGAUUGUAAACGGUGCGUAUCUACCUGACUAA